CAGUGCCUUCCUCAUCAGGUAUUGAUUGCUUUUAUUGACAAGAUACUAACUUUAAUUACCAUGGAUGGAAACACAGUCAUAGUCAUGGCCUUACUUGGACUGUGCAUCCUCCCAUCAUGCUCUGCUCAGUUUUACCACAUUGUUACAGCUGCAAUGACCUGGACUGAUGCCCAGAGUUACUGCAGAGAGAAGUACACAGAUCUGGUUACUAUAAACAGCAUGGAAGACAUGGUCAGGCUGAGGGACCAACUGGGAGGUAAAGAUGAUGAUCAGUUCUGGAUCGGUCUGUAUGGUGAUCUUGACAACUGGAAGUGGUCUCUGGAAAAGGAGCGAAAUGAAGAAGGGCAGGCUGAGUACAGUGUGUGGUAUCCUGGUCAGCCUAAUAUGUACUCAGACGUCCUUUGCUGUACUCUCAUAGACAACAGUGGAGUGUGGUCGGACUACUAUUGUCGUAUCGGCAGGCCUUCUGCUACAAUGGUAAGAGAAGCAACACAAGCAUGCAUGAGCAUCUCUGUCACCUGAGUAACAUCGGUUCACAAGAAUUCCCAAAAGUAAUUAUAUUUCAUUUUAAAACAUCUUUUUAUUACUUUGUGACAUGCAAUAUAAUAGUGAAAAAAUCUGAAUGUGUGAACUUUCCUUCAAGCCAUCCACUAUCUUUAUGCUAUCAGCAGUUCAAUCACCUUGUUUUAAUGCCAAAUAGUGAACAAUAUGUGAACUAACGUCUUUAACUGAACCAACUGUUUGUUUGUUAAUAUAUUCAUGCGUAGUUGCAUCAUGAGUUUGCCACAUUCUCUCUCUCUCUGUCAGUGUAGAAAUUAGAAAGGCUUGUACUGCUUCA